AAAAUAGUACGGAGUAAUUUACACAAACAUCACAUAGAAAAUAAAAGUGGAGAUAAAUAAUGGAAAUUAGUGGUUUAAAAAUAAUAAUGUGUUCAAAAUUGAAUCAAGACAUUUAAAACGAAAGUAUAAUGAUACUAAAUUUAAUUUUUUCUAUAAUUAAAUUAGAGUCAGACUAAAUACAAAUAUAACUUAUUUCUGAGUGCAAUAGGGCAAUUUUGACCCUUUUUCAUAGAUACAAAUAACAGAAGAGCAGAAUAGAGUGCUCUCUGCUUCGUCUACUGUCUUCCUCCUUUCAGUUUUGCACUUUCGCUGAGGAAUUUGGCAGCCGGCUCUAUUAUCAUAAUACUCCCAAGGAGGCCAACAACUUCUCCUCAAUCUGAGACACAAUGGAAAAUUUUGAUCAUCGAUUUCAACGAACUGAUCAGUGGAAGCCUGUCUAUUCCUGGUUAGAGACUCUAGACACAGACGAGGUGGUUAAAUCAAAAGAAAUUAUAGACUGGCUUACUGAGAAUUCUGAUGUGAGAGAACAAUUAAAUUCAAGGCAUUCACGUUAUCAUUUGAUGCAUUACAUAAAAAAAUGCCACAUGAAAAUUCUGAAGAGAAAGGAGAAGAAGAAGGGACCAGGAUUCACCAAAAACGUGUCUGUGUCAGAAGUCAAGAAAAGUGAAGAUGUGAAGAAACUUGUUCCAGUUCAAACUACAGACUAUAAUUUCAGCACCGCCGUACCUAAGGACACUGAACUCUAUAAAGCAAAACAAACAGAAGCUUUGCAGAAAUAUGAGAUUCUAGUGGAGUUGGAGAAACAACUUUCGAUGCACUUCCCAAAGCCUGGAAACAUUGGCAAUAAAGGAAACUAAUCACUGCAUAGAUUUCAAGCUGAUUUUGCACAUCGAUUAAAAUUCAGAAUGACACAGUUUUGCAGUGUAUUGAUUAUAAUUUCACAUCCAGUUUUGCUGGUUCGAUUCUGCAAAAUUUCGACCAUGGCCUAUAGAAACUAGUUUUAGAAACUAAUUCCUUUCGUAGUUUCUGGUUCUUGCUCCCCGUCCCACCACUCUCGACGUCCCUGUCCUUGUGAGAAGUAUCCUUGAUUCUAUGGUAAUGUAAGAAAUAUGGAAUAUUAAGUUAGCAAUUAGUUCAUUUGCCAAUUCUCAUUUGUAUAAAAUAAAGUCUUGCUAGUUAUGAAUAUCUCAAAAAUAUUUGAAUGAAAGGUCUCUAUCAUUCAGUA